AUGGAUGAGCAAAUUAAACGCUUACAAACUGUUACAGAUCGUCUAGAAGCGAUCGCUAGACAACUUGGAACGAAUUCUUCUCCGACAUCGGGUCCGUCCGUCGGCGAUGAUGAAUCAGCGGAUAGUAUCAAUCGUUUACCUGUUAUACAAGAUUAUGAAGCAUUAAUCAAUGAUGCUGUCAAACCUUUUCUUGUUGUGUCGCAAAAAAUUGGUGGCGAUUUGAGUAAGAUAAGUGAACACGUUUCUCUUCUUUUCCAAGCUCAACAACAAUUCAUACGACAAGCCGUGCAAAGUAAAAAACCGAAUGAUAAUCAAAUAGUAGAUGCUAUCAAACCUCAAUCAAGUGAAAUGGAAGCAAUAACAGCAUUUACAAACAAAAAUCGAAAAUCACCGUUGUUCAAUCAUCUUUCGGCUAUUUCUGAAGGUACACCAGCUCUUGGCUGGAUUCUUGUCUCUCCAACACCUGGUCCACAUGUCAAAGACAUGUCCGAUGCCGCUCAGUUCUAUUCCAAUCGUGUAUUGAAAGAAUUCAAAGAAAAAGACCCAACACAUGCUGAAUGGGUUAAAUUAUGGGCUAAAGUUUUAAAUGAUCUCUAUAGCUAUGUUAGAAAAUAUCAUACAACUGGUUUAGCAUGGGCUUCACAAGGUAAACGUGAUUUUAGCACCGUUAGUACAUCAACAAUUAAACCUGUUGCGACUACUGCUGGUGGCCCACCGCCCCCAGCACCUCCUCUUCCUCCUCCUCCACCACCGAUGGCAUUGGAUUUAAAUACGAAUACUGAAGCGGAUAACAGUCGUAACGAAUUGAUGAGUUCUAUUAACUCAUUGGGUCAAGGAGUGACCGCUCGCUUAAAAAAAGUGCCCGAUGAACUUAAAACACAUAAAAAUCCACAAUUACGGCAACAAGCUGACAGCCAAUUAGUUGAUAAUAGUAAACCUGCUGUGCCACCGCGAGGGAAAAAGCCUACGACAUCAUCGACUGAAGCAACAACAACAGCAACUACAAAAGGAACACCAAAACUCGCUCUCGAAGGUAAUAAAUGGAUUGUCGAAAAUCAAACAAAUCAAUCGAAUUUACGCGUAACUCAAACUGAAAUGAAACACUGCGUUUACAUCUAUCGGUGUACCAAUUGCACCAUCACUAUCGAAGGUAAAGUGAAUUCGAUUGUACUUGAUCAAUGCACUAAAGUUGGCAUACAAUUUACAUCUGUUGUCUCCUUAAUUGAAUUUGUCAAUUGUAAAAGCAUGAAGGCACAAGUGAUUGAACAAGUACCAACGAUUCAAAUCGAAAAAACUGACGGCUGUCACGUGUAUCUAUCGCCAACCUCGCUUGAUACAGAAUUUAUUACAUCCAAAUCUUCGGAAAUGAGUAUCAAUAUUCCAACUGGUGAUGGUGAAUACAAAGAGUAUCCUAUUGCUGAGCAAUUCAAAACAUGCAUUCAAGGCGGCAAACGCCUUGUCACGACUCCUAACGAGUCAGCUGGUGUUUGA